UUUCUGGUGUUCUCCCUGGUUUCCGUGAAUAUCUUUUCCUUGGAUGCUUUUUUGCCAUUAAUUUGUCGUAUAUGGAAGCUUUUGUUUAGCAUAAUAUAGCUAAUAUACGGCACUUGUGACUAAUAUAAUGAUCUUUCACCCAAGUCCUUGAGAAGGACGCCUGUAAGACACAGUUCAACAUCAUGUCUGGCACAUCAAUGUCAUGCCCGCACAUAAGCGGGCUAGCCGCUCUUUUGAAAGCAGCCCAUCCCGAUUGGAGCCCGAGCGCGAUCAAAUCCGCUCUCAUGACCACCGCAUACACCGUCGACAACGCCAACUCGCCUCUCCGAGACGCGGCCGAUUACUCCCUCUCCACCCCGUGGGCCCACGGUGCGGGCCACGUGGACCCCCACAAGGCCCUCUCCCCCGGGCUCGUGUACGACGCCACGCCGGACGACUACGUCUCGUUCCUAUGCUCGUUGGACUACACCGACGAUGCGGUGCAAUUGAUUGCUAGGCGCCCGAACGCCACUUGCUCUUCCUCUAGGAGGUUCCGGGACCCAGGCCAGCUCAACUACCCCUCGUUCUCCGUCGUGUUUGGAGGAGGGAAGAAGAACAGUAGGGUUGUGCGGUACACUAGGGAGCUGACUAAUGUGGGACCCGCGGGGUCCGCUUACGUGGCGGAGAUCGAGGCGCCCCCGACCGUGGUGGCAACCGUGAAGCCGUCAAAGCUCGUUUUUGGCAAUGUUGGGGAUAAGUUGAGAUAUACGGUUACUUUCGUUUCUAAGAAAGAUGUGGACUAUUCGUUGACAAGUGGGUUUGGGUCGAUCACUUGGAAGAACGCGCAACAUCAAGUGCGGAGCCCGGUCUCAUUCUCGUGGACCCUACGGCUAUAAUUUAUAUGGUAGUACUCUUUUGUUUAAUGGUGAUUCAAUUUAACUGGAUUUUCUAGGUUUUGAACUAAGUGAUGAAGGCCCUUCUUCUAUAUAUGGUAUUUCCUAAUUUAUUUUUAUUAAUAUACAAUAUGAAAACUUACCAUAUAUGUUCAAAGGGAUAA